UACCGCCCAACACCUGUCCAAGUUACGUAUCUGAAGGGGCCUCCCUCCCUCUCCCUGCGGCAUGUUCAUAUUUCCUGCCGUCAGUCCAAAACAAUCCACUCAUUCAAGUCAAGUACACGAGCGACCAUUGACUCAGGCCUCAAGAACGAAACUCCCCUCCUCUCAUAUAUACAAUACAAUCCAAUACGACUGCAAUUCUAUUCAUUACAUUACAUUCCAUUCCAUUCCAUCUCCAGGCACUUCUCUAAUGGCGCUUGUUCAGCCCCACACACCCGUCGAUCUAAACCACAACAAAUGGCUUCUCAUGCUCAAUCACAUAUGCACGUCUCACCCAGCACAAGAAAACGAAGAAAACGAAGAAUCAUCAGAAUUAUCAAAUUCCCAGAUCAUACCAGGCCUCCCAGAUGACAUAGCAUAUGAGUGCCUCCUCAGAACACCCCUCCAAUCUCAUCACAACAUGUCCCGUGUGAGCUCCCAGUGGCGGCGCCUCCUCCACUCCGCCGAUUUCUACACCCACCGCUCACAGCGCAGCCUCGCCGACACCUGGAUUUGCGCUCUCGCCAGAGACAACCGCUACACCAACACAGUCCGCGCAUUCGAUGUAACCUCCAAGACCUGGAUUUCUCUACCCCCCAUGCCGGAUAACCGCCACCGCCACGCCGUCGGACAAGAAAUCGCCGUCGUCGGCGGCAAAAUAGUCGUCUGUGGAGGGUGGAGAGAAAACCCACUGGACACCGUGAGCAUCUUCGACCCAGUUUCGUAUUCCUGGUUUUCCGGCCCGCCCAUGCUCUCGCCACGGGCUCAUUUCGUCAGCGGCGUCAUCGGCGACAAGCUGUAUGUCGCCGGCGGGGGCGACGGGAAACAGCCCAGGUCCGCCGAGGCGGAAUUCUUCGACUCUGUGGAGAACAAGUGGUUUCCGGUGGCUUCUCUGGAGACGGGGAUAUCGUUCUGCCUGGGAAUUUCCGUGGCCGGAAAGCUGUUUGUUCAGGCUAGAGGCGGCGUGCCUCGGGAGACCAUGGUUUUCAUGCCGGAUUUUGGGAUGUGGAGUGCACUCCGGUCGAAUAUGCUGGCGUGGCCUCACAGACCGCAUGCUGUUGUGAAUGAUGAGUUGCUGUACAGGUCGGAUUUUAAGGAUGGGAAGCAUGAAUUGAUGGUCUAUGACGGUCAGAUUGACGGCUGGAAAAGCGUCGGGAUGAUCGACAACGGGCCUAACAGAAGAAUCUGCGAGAUUGUUGGAGUGGGUGGGGAGGUUUGGGGUGUUGCAGAGGAUUUUAGUGUUGGGUUGUUAAAACUUGAGGUGGGCAGUGGGAGUUCACGUAAGCUUAAGUUUGUUCGUUACGUAGGAGGCGCAGAGAGCUCCGAGAGACUCAUCUGCUGCCGUGUACUGGUUCGAUAAAUUGACUUGGCUACAUUAAUUGCUUUUGUUUUUCUUGGAUUCAUUAUUGUUCGAUAUAACAAUUGUUUAUAUGUGUCGAUUAUCUGUAAUUCAUUGCUGAAACCCGUCGUAAGGAAAGAGUGCAAUAGAUGAACCAGAGAACGCAUUUUUCUUUAAUCAUUUAAAA